AUGUCGUCUUUGUCGCCUCCACCAUCAUCCUCGUCAUCAAGAACACAAUACGACGCAAUCGGCUUGUCAUAUGAAUCGCUCAAACGCCUUCCAGCGGCACAACUGGAGCGGGAGAAUCUACGGGCAACAAUCGAGCCCCUUCUCUCUCUCAAGAAGGCGCACGAUGACAACAGCCCCGAUGUUCCUGCUGGCGACGGCGACGGCGAUGGCGUCACUGUCCUCGAUCUCGCUUGCGGUACGGGCUAUUAUUCACGACUACUGCUAGAAUGGGGUGCGGCUCGAGUUGUCGGCGUCGACAUUUCGGAGAAGAUGGUGGAUGCUGCACGUGAGCAGUCAAAGUCACGGGUGCAAGGUUUGGAAGAGACUGUUGUGGCUGAUGGUGCAAGCGGUGCGGAGACCAGAGAUGGGCCUGGCAUGAAUGAUGAUAUUGGAUCCGAUACCGCGAUCGAGACUGAACCCAACGCCACGGCAGAGAGUGAACAACAGAAAGCUAUGAGGCUGGCAAGAGAGGGCGAGAAUAGGAACGGUCCCAGUUGGACCAUGAGCGGCACAGGACCUUCUUGCUGUUCCCGAUCCCCAACGAAACCAGACUCUCGAACAAAACAUGACACAAGACCUACCACGAGAAGAAACAGACUAUCCUUCCAUGUCGGCGACUGCACGCAGCCCCUUCGACUCCCGUCUAGCCUUAGGUCCAGCGAGGCCGAAAUUGGAUCCAGUUCCAAACCCAAAGCAGAGUCAUCAUCAGAACCACAAUUCGACAUCAUCCUCGGCGCCUGGCUGCUCAACUACGCAAGCAUAGCAGCCGAAAUGACGAGCAUGUUCGCCAAUAUAGCCCGCCAUCUAAAACCAGGCGGCCAUUUCGUCGGAAUCACACCAUAUCCGGCUGAAGAUCUGGACGCAUUUGCGACGCUGGUCAGUCAGGAUUUGGGAGACCAAGGACACAACUCUGGAGAUGUUCAGGCACAGGAUUCACGGAGUUUUCGGAAUCCCCAAGAUCGGCACUUGCAGGAAAAGUCAACACCAGACUCGACUCCAACAAAAUACGGCGUAACAGUCACCUAUAAAACCAAACUCCACAGCAACGAAGGCUACGCUACACGAGUCACGGCACAUGUUUCGCCCGUCAGGAUCCAGUUUGACAACUACCAUCUGCGUCGCGAAGUCUAUGAGCGCAGUGCACGACAAGCCGGGUUAUAUGGGCCCCUUGAAUGGCGAGAGGUCCGACUUCCGACGCCGCAUGAUAGUGUCGUGGAGUAUGGUGUCACGCCGGAUUUCUGGGAUGGGUAUCUCGAAGCGCCGCAUUUCGGGAUCCUGGUCAUUGAGAAGCAUCAAGUGUGA